UUCAUAUGAAAUAUAUAGAAAUAUAAACUCAUCAAAAGUCCGUGCCAACUGGCAAUUAGCCAAGAAGAUUUCAUAUAUUGUGUAAUUAUUAGAUUUGAUGGAUUCACUACGCGAGCAAAUUAUGAUAAAUGAUUUUGUGAUGGCAGUUGGAUGUGCUCGAGAUCAAGCUAAACAAUUACUACAAAAAGCUCACUGGCAAUUUGAAAGUGCCUUAAGUUACUUCUUUCAAGAAAUUCCAAGUCACAAUUAUUUGGCUAAUUCAGUAAAAUAUCAUGAUGAUAAUAUGCCACCUUGCAAUACACCUUCAACUCCACCAAAUUUUUCAGAAACACUAAAUAUGUUAUCAAAACUUUCCACCACAAGCAAAAUUACUGAGACACCUCUUUUGGAACCAUUAAAUUCAUCUUUGUACAAAAGUCAACCAUUAGAAAAUCAUUAUCUAUCUAGUACAAAUAUUGAUAACUUUAAUUCCAAUAAUAGCACCUUGUUUUAAUUUUUAUUUAGAGAAAAUUAAAAUUUUUAUAUACAGAUUUUUUAAAUUCAGUCACUAAAAGAUUAUUUUGUAAGAUAAUUUUGUAUAUUUUUAAAUGUUUGGAUUAUUUAUUAGAUUAAUUUUCUAUGAAAAAAAGUUAUGCAUUUUUAAAAUUUUUAUUAAAUGCAAAUAAUACAUAAAAUUUUUACAAUUAAAAAAUUAUAUGAUAUUUUAGGUUAUUUUGAUGCUAUUUUGUAUUUAAAAAAUGAAACAUAAUAUAUAAUAAUA